CUCGAGUCCUUUUCCAGUGCCGAAACAUUUCGAGACCCGAAAAGUAAAGUUUCGCGUGCGCCUUUAAAUUGCCCUGCAACAAUGGCAGGCUCAAACGGUUUGCGGCCCAUACUGCUGGCCGCGGUGGUGUUAGUACUCCAGAUUUCAGUGGCAACCGUGCAAGGAGCGGCCAGUGCCGGGGUUGUCCUCAGCGAUGUGAACAACAUGUUGCGCGACGCCAAGGUGGCGACCUCGGAGAAGCCAGUCGGCCACUCCAAACCGGAAACGGAAGCGCCGGAAUCCAGCGUGGAGCUGCUGCGCUUCGUCGAUGACGACGAGGACGGCGAGGACCUCAGCUCCGUGGAGAACCCAUCGAAUGGCAGGACCAUGGAGGCCAGGCGGAUGGCCGACCAGGUGCGCCUGCUGACCAAACAGCUCAACGCUUUGAUGCUGCGGCGCCGCGAGGAUUACGAGAUGCUGGAGCACAAUCUGCGCAAAUCCCUGCGGCUCACCACCAACGCGGCCAGCGUGGAUGCCGACAUGCGCAGCGAACUGAACCAACUCAGAGAGGAGGUGGCCUCCCUGCGCUCCUCGCAGAGCGGCAACAAGGAGCGCCUGACCGUCGAGUGGCUGCAGCAGACCAUCUCGGAGAUCCGCAAGCAGCUGGUGGACCUGCAGAGGACGGCCGGCAACGUGGCCCGGGAUGUGCAGCAGCGCAGCUCCACCUUCGAGGACCUGGCCACCAUCCGCAGCGACUACCAGCAGCUCAAGCUGGAGCUGGCCGCCCAGCGCGAGCGGCAGCAGCAAACGGAGGUCUUUGUCCAGGAGCUGCGCGAGGAGAUGCUCCAGCAGGAGCAGGACUUCCAGCACGCCCUCGUCAAGCUGCAGAAGAGGAGCCGCAAGGACGGCGGCUCGGCCAGCGUGGAGGAGGAGAGCGGCAGCCAGGAAGCCAGCCAGGAGCCCACUGGACUAGAGCCCACCGCCGAUCACAAGCGUCGCCACUGCCGUUUCCAGAGCGAGCAGAUCCACCAGUUGCAACUGGCCCAGCGCAACCUGCGCCGCCAGGUGAACGGAUUGCGGUUCCAUCACAUCGACGAGCGGGUUCGCAGCAUCGAGGUGGAACAACACCGGAUCGCCAAUGCCAACUUCAACCUGAGCAGCCAGAUCGCCUCGCUGGACAAGCUGCACACCUCGAUGCUGGAGCUCCUGGAGGAUGUGGAGGGUCUGCAGACCAAGAUGGACAAGAGCAUUCCCGAGCUGCGCCAUGAGAUCUCCAAGCUGGAGUUUGCCAAUGCCCAGAUCACUUCCGAACAGAGUCUGAUCAGGGAGGAGGGCACCAAUGCGGCCCGAUCCCUGCAAGCCAUGGCCGUGAGCGUGAGUGUCCUGCAGGAGGAGCGCGAAGGGAUGCGAAAGCUAUCCGUUAACGUGGAUCAGCUGAGGACCAACGUGGACCGAUUGCAGUCACUGGUCAACGAUGAGCUCAAGAAUAAGCUCACCCACCUGAACAAGCCCCACAAGCGACCACAUCACCAGAAUCUGCAGCAGCAGCAGGCGUCGCCGGAGGACUCCGCCUCCUCCUCCCCCAUCGACUCCGUCCUGGCCGAGACCCUGGUCAGCGAACUGGAGAACGUGGAGACCCAGUACGAGGCCAUCAUCAACAAGCUGCCCCACGACUGCGGCGAGGUGAACACCCAGGCGGAUGGCCUGCAUCUGAUUGCGCCCGCCGGCCAGCGGCAUCCGCUGAUGACGCACUGCACCGCCGACGGCUGGACGACGGUGCAGCGGCGGUUCGACGGCAGCGCCGACUUCAACCGCUCGUGGGCGGACUACGCCCAGGGAUUCGGGAAGCCCGGCGGUGAGUUCUGGAUCGGCAACGAGCAGCUGCAUCACCUGACCCUCGACAACUGCAGCCGGCUGCGGGUGGAGAUGCAGGACAUCUACGACAACGUUUGGGUGGCCGACUACCGGCGCUUCUACAUCUCCUCCCGCGCCGACGGCUAUCGCCUGCACAUCGCCGAGUACUCGGGCAAUGCCAGCGAUGCCCUCAACUACCAGCAGGGCAUGCAGUUCUCGGCCAUCGACGACGAUCGGGACAUCUCGCAGACGCACUGUGCUGCUAACUAUGAGGGUGGCUGGUGGUUCUCUCAUUGCCAGCACGCCAAUCUCAAUGGGCGCUACAAUCUGGGCCUGACUUGGUUCGAUGCCGCUCGCAACGAAUGGAUCGCGGUCAAGUCAAGCCGGAUGCUGGUCAAGCGCCUGCCCGCCGUCGAGUGCCAAGCGGGUGCCCUUUCCCCUUCCGUUUCCGUUUCCGGUUCGGCUGCUGAUGCUGCGCCGUCUGGUCUGAGCAGUGCAGCAACAACAGCAGCGCCGGCGGCGGUAACGACGGCGAAAACAACCACCAACAACAACGAUAACAGAGUGGUGCAGUUUGUGGUCGCCGGGCAGGCGUAAGUGAGCUGUUGAGAACCGCUACAGUGAACCACCACAGCCAUGCCUACUAUAGUUGGGAGUCCACUGCUUGUCUGUGGGAGGAGCGAUCUGAAAGAUCCUAGUUAAGUGUAAAAAUAAGAGGUCAAAAGGUCAGCGACCCCCUUCCCACAUUGUAAAUACACACACACACACACACACACUCGGCAGAUCCGACCUAAGUUGUAGCAUUAAUCUUUCGAAUGGAGCUUACACUAGACGUAGCCCUUUUUGCCGUAUAAAUAUUGAAUUCUUUGGUCUUUCAAGAAGAUCUCAUAGAGGCUUAAGUUCCGCGGUAGCUCUAAAGACUAAAGCGGGAGCAACAGAGACAGCGAGAGCAUAUCAUUCAAGGGAAUGCAGAGUUAAUGUCUAGAUAUAAUCGUCCCUUAAACUAAAUCUAAAACUAAUCUAGUUGUAUCGUAUAGGAGGCCUAAACUCGCUUAGGCUCAUCUCAGACAAAUAAUAAAUAUACAGACCGGAGCGCGGAGGGGAGAAGAGAACUUUCUAGCCUAAGUCACCAUAUCAGUCAUAUGAAGUAUAGAUCUACUAGUUAUAGCGUUGGUAAAUGUACUUGUAAUUGUUGUACCAUAUAAUAGUGUCUACGCAUUCGUUUUACCGCUUACUAAAUGUCUGCUUCAGUCCCAAAAAAAAAAACAGACCUACUUAAUU